UGUUGUGAUAUUUAGUUUGGCAAAAGUGUUUAUAUUAAUUUGGCAGUUGUAUAAAAGCAUUUAAAUGAAACGCAGAAGUCAAACACGUGCGCAGACGCAACAGGCGCAGCAGGAAGCACAAAAGAAGCCAAAGGAAAAAGCUGGCGCGCUAACACUGGCACAAUUUAGUGCCGACCCGAUAUGGCAGCUGGCAAUGCAAUAUUGGUCACCAGAGUCAGCCGCUGAUCAUCUGCCCUACAAUGCAGAGAUAAUUGAACGCAUCUACAGCGAGGAAAUGUGUGGCAAGCAGAGUGCGCGGCGCAUCAACAUGCUGGAGUUCAGUCAGUACCUGGAGCAAUAUUUGUGGCCAAAUUAUAAGCGCGAAAAGGCAACGCAUGCUCAUCUUAUGUCCAUAGUGCUGAUGUGCAAUGAAAAAUUCCGCGAACGCGUAGAAGUGUGGAAUGUUUUUCAAGAAAAGCCCGAGGAGUAUGCAGAUUUCUUUCGCCACAUGUUGGAAUCCUGCUUGCCGCCACGCACACCCAAAGGCAAAGGCAGCACAAUGAGAGAACGCACAGGAUUGUUAAUGUUUUUAAACCACUGCUUCAAUAGCAUGGAAAUUGAUAUAUGUCGGGAUCAGGCUAAGCGACUAGUGUCGCUCUCUAUGUGGCAUUGUCUGCAGCCAGGUCGCCGCGAGCAAGAACUGCGCGAUGUGCCAGAAUGGCGAAAGUACUGGAAACGUUUGCAGAAAAAGGAAAAAGAUAAUGCCAAACCCGAAAUCGUUUGGGAGCGACACUUCAUGCAGAAUCUUAUCAUCGAUUUCUUGCAUAUACUGGAGCGCAUACCCGCGGAGGGUGAGCUCAACAGCAAUGUGGUGCACUACUGUGAACGUUUCCUAGAAUUCAUCAUUGAUCUGGAAGCGUUGCUGCCCACGCGUCGCUUUUUCAACACUGUGCUGGAUGAUUGUCAUCUGAUAGUGCGCGCAUUGAUGAGCCCGCUAGUGCGUCGCGAGGAGGGAAAACUAUUUGGUCAGUUGCUGGACAUGCUCAAGUUCUACACACGCUUUGAGAUCAACGAUGUCACCGGCAAUUCACUUACAGAUCACGACAUGACACAGCUGCAUUACAAGAAGAUUACUUCGCUGCAGCGUGCCAUGUUUGCCAAGUUCUCCAAGCUGCGUGUCUUUGCCCUGUCCAAUGUAGCUACAGUGGACAAUCGUGAAUCGCUGGAGAAACACUUUGGCGCACUGGAUGCAGAGGGAUUGAAGCAAAUAGCUUCGUUUUUGAAUCUGGUGCCCGAUGAGGCAGUAGAGCCUUUUCAGUGGCAUCGCUUGGACGAGCAAUUUCUGCGUGAGCUGCUCAUAACGCGUCACGAGAAACGCUGCUCGCAGCUGGAGGCGCUCAAUGAAAUGCCGCUCUAUCCUACAGAGCAAAUCAUCUGGGAUGAGAAUGUAGUGCCAUCGGAGUAUUACACAGGCGAGAGCUGUCUGGCGCUGCCCAAGCUCAAUCUGCAGUUUCUAACGCUGCAUGAUUAUUUGCUGCGCAAUUUUAAUUUAUUCCGACUGGAGUCCACCUAUGAAAUACGUCAGGAUAUAGAGGAUGCAGUGAGUCGCAUGUUGCCUUGGCAAUCAGAAGAUGGCGAUGUUGUCUUUGGCGGCUGGGCGCGCAUGGCAUUGCCCAUAUCCAGCUUUGCUGUUGUCGAGGUGGCCAAACCGCAUCUGGGCGAAAAGAAACCUUCGCGCGUGCGUGCCGAUGUGGGCGUAACGCUGUCAGUGCGUCGCGAGAUCAAAGAGGAGUGGGAAAAUCUGCGCAAACAUGAUGUUUGCUUUUUAAUUACAGUAAAGCCUACGCAGCCCUAUGGCACCAAGUAUAAUCCACGCGAGCCGUUUGUGCCACAAGUGGGUUUGGUCAGCGUGCGCGGCUGUGAGGUGGAGGGCAUGCUGGAUCCCAAUGGGCGUGUCAUUGAAGAUGGUCCAGAGCCACGGCCACAGCUACCAGGCGAGCAGCGCAACUAUCGCGUAUGGCUGGACUCAAAUCAGUAUAGACAGGACAUGGAUGAGCUGCAAGAGGGCGCUGAUGAUGUCUAUGAGAGUUUUAAUAUAUUGAUGCGCCGCAAGCCCAAGGAGAACAAUUUCAAGGCAGUGCUGGAGACCAUACGCCAUUUGAUGAACACGGAGUGCGUAGUGCCGCCUUGGCUGCAUGACAUACUGCUGGGCUAUGGCGAUCCUGGAGCAGCACACUACAGCAACAUGCCCAGCCAAGAGCGUAGCUUGGACUUUAAUGAUACCUUCCUGGACUAUGAGCAUUUGCAGUCUAGCUUUCCCAGCUAUGAGCUCAAGUGUGAGACGCCUAAAGAGAAACGUGAGCCGCCCUAUCGUUUAAUAUUUGAGGAUGUAGCACAGCAGCAGGACAGCGAUGAGGAGAAGGAAGAGGAGGAGGAGUCCGCAGUGCAGGCUAUAAGUAAAAGCAUAGUUGUGCAGCCUUAUAAAAGCGAAACGCGAGGUCCUUAUCCCAGCAAUAAGCCCAAGCAGAACUGCAUACGCUUUACGCCCACGCAAGUGGAAGCUAUACGCGCUGGCAUGCAGCCUGGGCUCACCUUGGUUGUGGGACCACCUGGCACAGGCAAAACGGAUGUUGCUGUGCAGAUUAUAUCCAAUAUAUAUCACAAUCAGCCGCAUCAGCGCACGUUGAUUGUCACGCACUCCAAUCAAGCGCUGAAUCAGCUAUUCGAAAAGAUUAUGGCGCUGGACAUUGACGAGCGGCAUUUGCUGCGUCUGGGUCAUGGCGAGGAGGCGCUGGAAACUGAAAAGGACUACAGUCGCUAUGGACGCGUCAACUAUGUGCUGGCCAAGCGCAUGGAUUUGCUAACACAAGUGCAGCGUCUGCAGGAAGCGCUUGGCGUAAGCGGCGACAAUGCUUACACCUGCGAAACUGCAGGCUACUUUUAUCUUUACAAUGUCAUGGCGCGCUGGGAGAAAUUCCAGAGUCAAAUGCUCACACACAGCGCUGAGCAGGAUGUGAACAAAUUGCAGCAGCUGUUCGAGUCGGAGUUUCCCUUUGGCAAAUUCUUUGCGGAUGCACCUCAGCCGCUAUUCAAAGCCAGCAGCUACGAGGAUUUAAUGCACACGGCGCAGUGCAACUUUCGUUAUAUAGCUGACAUAUUCACCGAGCUGGAAGAGUUUCGUGCAUUUGAGCUGCUGCGCACUGGACUGGAUCGCUCCAAGUAUUUGUUGGUCAAAGAGGCCAAGAUUAUAGCCAUGACCUGCACGCAUGCAGCGCUAAAACGCAAAGAGCUAGUCAAUCUAGGCUUUCGUUACGACAACAUACUCAUGGAAGAGUCUGCGCAAAUAUUGGAAAUCGAAACAUUUAUACCGCUGCUGCUGCAGAAUCCUUUGGAUGGUCUUAACCGCUUGAAGCGCUGGAUUAUGAUAGGCGAUCAUCAUCAGCUGCCGCCUGUUAUUAAAAAUAUGGCAUUCCAAAAGUAUUCGAACAUGGAGCAGAGUCUGUUUACGCGCUUGGUGCGACUGGGCGUGCCCACUGUGGAUUUGGAUGGACAAGGACGUGCGCGCUCCAGCAUUUGCUCGCUAUACAAAUGGCGCUACAAGAAGUUGGCGGAUUUGGAGCACAUCUUUGAGCGUGCUGAGUACAAACAGGCAAACACAGGCUUAGCUUAUGACUAUCAGCUUAUCAAUGUGGAGGACUACAAAGGCGUGGGCGAGAGUGAACCCAAUCCUUAUUUCUAUCAGAAUCUUGCCGAGGCCGAGUAUGUUGUUGCUCUAUUCAUGUAUAUGCGGCUGCUGGGCUAUCCUGCUAGCAAAAUAUCCAUCUUGACCACAUACAAUGGCCAGAAGCAUCUCAUACGGGAUGUGGUCAGCGCACGUUGCGGCAACAAUCCGCUCAUAGGCUGGCCGCAUAAGAUAACCACCGUGGACAAAUAUCAAGGUCAACAAAAUGAUUAUAUACUCAUCUCGCUGGUGCGCACCAAGGCUGUGGGUCAUUUGCGUGAUGUGCGACGUCUGGUGGUGGCCAUGAGUCGUGCGCGUUUGGGACUUUAUAUCUUUGGACGCGUUUCUUUGUUCAAAAACUGUUUGGAACUGCAGCAAACCUUUAAGCUGCUAAUGCAGCGUCCGCUUAAGCUGCGCCUGGUGCCUGCAGACAAAUAUCCCACCGAGCGUCUUUGCAGCGCUGCUGUUAGCGCUGCCAAGGGCAAAGACAUUGAAAACAUGUCGGAAAUGGCGCAGUUUGUCUAUGAGCUCUACAUGAGCAAAAUGUCGGAGCUUAAGGACAAGCUGCCCAGCGAGGAGGAGCUGCGUGCUAUGCGCAAUCAGCUGCCACAUGAAGAUGACGAUGAAGACGACGCAGCAGUCGCUGAGACUAUAACUGAAGAGCCGCCACAGAAGCGCACAGCAAAGGAAUCUGCUAAAAAGACAACAGAAGCUUUUCAGCCCAUGCCCAUUGUGAAUGAAAUACAAGUGGAUGACAUUGAAAUGGCACCGCAGGAGUCAGAGAGCGUUCCCGCAGCGCCCACUGAGGCAGCAGCGAAGACACCAACUGACGCCUAGUUGCGUUCGUUGUA